AUUUCGUUUUGUCUGUGAAAAGAUAUCGUGUUAACAAAUUUUUGCGUACAGGGUACAGCGUCGUACAGUGUACCACACACAUACACUACUAUAUCGAAAAAACGCUUGAUUCGUAUUCUGUGACCUAAAAAACGUCAAGAAAACAUGUUUUUGGGGUACCUGAAAAUUUUGCCUGAUUACAAUAUUUUACCUUACACACUUGGUGUGUGCGGGAAAGUAAAAAUAUUUAAAUCUCCGAUUAUCAGGAUUAUCUAUAAAGUUAUUUCUUGGAAAAUACAUGAACUUGAAAACAGCAUCGUGUGACACUUAUAAAACAUUUUGAAUUUUGCCUCUUCUCCAUCACAAUUUUCAUAUGUUCUUUUCUUUCUCUAAUGGUUCCAAAGUGCACUUGAAAAUUGUAACUAUCAAUUCUGUCACAACAAAGGAUGCUCUCUGACCAUUUUUAACUAUCCUAAUUGAUGUUACCGACCAGGAAUGCAUUUAACGAUUUGUUCUCAAAAUUCAGUUGUCUUUGAAACUUGAUUGAAAACGGAUGAACCUUGUAAGAAAUAUUAUUUCAAACUUCGGAAAAGGGAGAAUAAAAAUAAAUACGUGGCUUUUUUUGAACUAACAUCAUUCACACAAAUUAAAAUUUUAAGAUUAUAUCACAGCGUUCUUCAGUGUAUCUAAACAAAUCUAAAAAAAAGCGAAACUGAGAUGGGGAACAAUCUUAUCAAAUUGGCACAAAGAAAAAACAGCAAUGCGAGUGGUGUGAAUGAAAAUCGAAGAAAGCAGACUCAAAAAAAUGGUCAAAAUUCGAAUGCAAUGCCAGUUGCAGGCCCAUCGAAUGAAAACCAACUUCUAUUGUCAUCUCGAAUUUUCAAAUUGAAUGGCCAUUGUUUCGACGAACUAUUUGAGUAUCUCUCGCUGGAGGAUCUGCAUUCAUUGGGCCAAACAUGUAAAACAAUGCAACAAAUAACGGGCGAAUUUUUCAAGCAAAAUUAUUCAGCUAUUAAAUUUAAUUGUUUAAGCAAUGGUAUUUAUUGCAUAAAUACAGAUGAUUUGAUUCAUAAAAUUAGCAUCGAUAAGUGUAUCCCAAUACCAGGUUUUAUUCAAUUAAUCACUUGGAUCGCCAUAGAAAAUAAUAUUUUUAAAGAAAACAAGUGGCACAAAACUAAAUAUCACUGUAAAGUUAUCAUACACUAUGAUUUAGGCAAAUUUAAGUACUUUCAAUUGAAUGCCGAUGAAUUAAAAUCAGUCAAAAAAACUUUCUCUCACAAAUGUGCGCCUCAAUAAGCAAACAGUUGAUUAUAUUUCGAAUAUUUUGCCAAAUAUCGAAGUAUUGGAACUAAUACGAUGUACUGUCUAUCGAGAUCUGUACGAUGUUAUCUUGAAGUAUUGUAAAAAUUUGCGAAAUAUUCAAUUGAUUAAAAUGAAUUUCAAAAACAGAAAUGAAUAUAAAUGGUUGCUGCAAAAAUAUGAAAAGCUUGAGCGAUUGGGUCUGGGCACCCCCUGGUUUCGGACACCUGACAAAAGGAAUAGAAUAAAUGAACUAUGCACGUUUUUCGAACGUAAUCCCAAUGUACGUCAUUUUUCAUGCAAUUUCCUAACAUUAUCGUACAACAAAGAUGCAUUACUCAAUUGUAAAGUCAAGCUGGAUACAUUUGAAUUGAUAGACAAAUCGUUUUGGGUUUGUGAGUGUGAUGAGAAGGAAAUUGCAUGGGAUUUGUUAAGUCGACUUCACACUCAUGGUUUCUACAAGCGCCUACACAUAAACACAAGUGUAAUUGCAUAUCGAGGGAUAUCUAGCAACCUACAAUGUAAACCAUCAGCUUUAAAUCAUAAUAAUCCCAUCUCUGAGAUGCCGUUUUUGCAACAGCUUGCCCUUAACAGCAUGAACGAGAACGUUGCACCGCUUUUGACCUAUUUGAACGAAUAUGCUGAAACAAGCGAUGCUUACUAUACAUAUGCUGACGAAAAUGAAACUUUGAAUUUGGAUAGACUCAUGAAUGUGGAGCGUCUUCAUUUGUUUAGAAAAUCGCUCGAUAUUCUGCGCAUCAUUCAACAAUUGAAAAAUUUAAGGAAAAUCAAGAUAUUGGGGUUUAGGUCGGCGGAGAUACUAGAGCUGAAUGUGUUGAAUCGAGAACGAGAAAAAUUGGCUGACGCACGAAAAGUUACAAUUUAUGUACCAGAUGCAGUCUACUUGGCAACAAAAUGGGCCACCAAGAAUGGUACCACCAAUUUGAACUUGAUUGAAAUGAAACGAGCCAACUCGUAUGAAUGGCAUAGAUCAUGUGAUUCUUAUAAUGGUUUCCCCACUCUUCAUCUUCCUCCAGGCAUGUUAUAGUUAUGGCUAACGAUUAUCUAU